CAGCAUAAAGCAAACUAGAGGCAACAGGAGGUAGGAGCAUAUCUCUCCAGCCAUGGCGUCUGUCUUGUUUUCCCUGAGCCUCUCCCGCCUGGGCCUGUGGGCUUCUGGACUGAUCUUGGUUUUAGGCUUUCUCAAGUUUGCUUUUCUGCUGGUGCGGAGGCAGUCACUGGCCAGGGCUAUGGACAACUUCCCAAGGCCACCUGCCUAUCGGCUCUUCGGGCAUGCCCUAGAGAUGCGGCAGACAGGGAGCCUGGACAAGGUGGUGUCCUGGGCCCACCAGUUUCCUUGUGCCCACCAACUCUGGUUCGGACCGUUUCUUGGCUUCCUGAACAUCUACGAUCCGGACUAUGCCAAAGCUGUGUACAGCCGAGGGGACCCCAAGGCCCCAGAUGUGUAUGACUACUUCCUGCAGUGGAUUGGGAAAGGCCUGCUGGUUCUCCAGGGGCCCAAGUGGUUCCAGCACCGCAAGCUGCUGACACCUGGCUUCCAUUAUGAUGUGCUGAAGCCGUAUGUGACCGUGUUUGCCGACUCCACAUGUGCCAUGCUGGUGAGAUCCCUGUGUCAAGCUCCUGGAGGCUGUGGCUGCUGUCCACCCCCCACCCACCCCAAUUUUCCCAGGGGGAAGGCACUGAGGAGCAUCACUGAGGCCCUGAGGGACAGUAGCUACUACCUGGCAGUCCAGGAUCUCACUCUGCUGAUGCAGCAGCGCCUCCAGUCCAUCCUGUACCAUAACGACUUCAUCUACUGGCUCACCCCUCAUGGCCGCCGCUUCCUGCGAGCCUGCCAGGUGGCCCAUGAGCACACAGACCAGGUCAUCAGGGAACGUAAAGGAGCUCUGCAGGACAAGAAAGAGCAGGAGAAGAUCCAGAAACGGAGGCACCUGGACUUCCUGGACAUUCUCUUGGGGGCUCGGGUGAGUGUGCGGUUAUCCACCUCCACCAAAUACGACCUGUUCCUUCACUUUUAUGUAUUGAGCAUGGUCAUGAACUCUCUGUCACUGGCAGUGCUGAGGCAGGAGCUGGUGCCCAGUUUGGAGGAUACUAGGGAAUUCUGGCUCUGUGAGGAGGUGGGCCUGGCAGUCCCAGGGGCACCCAGUAACCCAGCUUCUGCUCUGCCCACAGGCAGCCUGAUCUCUCUGCACAUCUAUGCCCUGCAUAGGAACAGCUCAGUGUGGCCCGACGCUGAGGUCUUCGACCCUCUACGUUUUUCCCCUGAGAAUGUGACUGGACGCCACCCCUUUGCCUUCAUGCCCUUCUCUGCUGGGCCCAGGUAAGGAGAGGCCCAACAUCUGCAGGCCCUCAAGGCAGGGGAGGUGAGGGUGGAGGAUGACCUGGGCCAGGCAUCAUUUUGAAGAACUCUGUGUUGAAGGUAUGUGCUGGGUUUGUGGUGAUCCUAAUGCAGGGUAGAUUCCAGGGACCUUCAUUUGGCCAUUAGCGUAUUCACAUCCCUGGCAGGUGAGGUGGGUGAGUCAUACCCGUAGAGGACGACCGUCUCACCCCCACCCCCCGUAAGACAGAACCACCAAUGGGAAUAUAGUCAGUCUGGGACCCUACCAUGCUACCAAGGUAUAUUUCUUAAGCCCAGGUUGAUCAACGAAUCAGCCAAUUAUUCAUCCAAACCUUACUAUUAAUUUCCAUUGUCCACUGAGAGCACUGGAUUCCAUCCCUCCGCACACCCCAUA